AUGGCAUCCUUCCUCAUAACAGAUGUCCGCAUCUUCGACGGCGAAAACACCAUCGAGAAUGGCUCCGUUCUGGUGGAGCAUGGCAAGAUCGCAAAGGUCUCACGAAGCAAGAUCAACCACUCUGGCAAGACCAUCUCAAAACCAGGCCACACAGUCCUCCCGGGCCUCAUAGACGUCCACAUCCACGCCGACGGCGGCAACCCAGUAGCUCUCCCCCAAUCCCUCCGCUUCGGCGUAACAACAGUCUGCGACAUGCAUAACGAAGACUUCAACAUAGCGAAACUCCGCAAACAGAUCGAAGGAGGCGAUUGCGCAGAUCUCAAAACCACCAGCUUCGCCGCCACGAUCGACAUGGGUUGGCCGAUGCCUGUCGUCCUCAUGCAUCACGACACGCCCGAAGUCAGAGCAGAGAUCGCCACGUGGCCUCACCUCACCACACCAGAGUCCGGUAGAAAGUACGUCCAGGACAGAGUAAAGGAAGGCGUAGACUACAUCAAACUCAUGCACGAGUCUGGCACCAUCUUGGGUCAGAAAUUCAACAAACCCAGUCUCGAGCUCCAAACAGCCAUCAUCGAAGAAGCUCACAAGCAUGGUCUGAAAGCCGUCGCUCAUGCUACCUGUGUGGCGGAUACACUCGAGAUCCUACAAUGUGGCGCCGAUGGACUCACGCAUUGUGCUCUAGAUAAGGUAAUUACGGACGAAGUGAUUGCAGCAUAUAAGAAGAACAAUGCACACUGUAAUCCUACGUUGUGUACAAUGGGCUCAGCGACGACAGAAGGCCAACAGCUGCAGGAGAAAUAUGCGCAUGAUCCUCGCGCGCGGGACCUGAUGGACGACGAGGCGAGAGGGAGGAUGUGUGCAUGUAUGAGCUUUGCGAAGGAGACGGGAAGGAUUGCGAAUGCUUACGAGAGUGUGAAGAAGUUGAAGGCUGCUGGCGUGCCUAUACUGGUCGGUUCCGAUGCAGCCUCCCCAGCAAUCGGCACAGCAUGGGGUCUCUCAGCACACCACGAGUUGGCUUUAUUCGUCCACGAAUGCGGCUUCACACCACAGGAGGCCUUGGUAGCAGCGACAUCUCUAUCCGCCGAUCGAUUCAACUUCUCCGAUCGUGGACGGAUCCAGGAAGGACUUAUCGCCGAUCUGCUGCUAGUAGAAGGAAAUCCGCUGGACCACAUCGAUCAUACUCUAGAUAUCCGAGGUGUGUGGAAGAGUGGUAACUUAUGCUCGACGUAUGAUGGGAAGUUUUAG